GCUCCGCCCUCUGCACUCCCUCCCACUCUUCCCUCCAAAUUUCCGGUCUUCACGCCUUCCUCCCCAACUGCCCCCCCUUCCGCCCCCACUUCCCUCUCCUCCCCCAUUGCUUCCGAUCCCGUAACCCUAAACCCAUCCCCUACCACCGCAGCGCCGCUCCUCCGUCUCAUUGAUCGACUCGGAGUGAGGAUAUAUGUACAGGAACCAGUUUAGGCCGGAUCGCUUCAACGAAAACACCAACGCCGCCCGAAGGACUGGCCGUGGCUUCAUCGGUGGCACACACCAUUGGGUGGUGUCCGGUGGCCGCGGCACCGCGGCUCCGGGCCCGCAUUCACCGCCCAACAGGAGGCCUGGGACCGUCCAGCAGUACCGACCGAGAUCGCCAGCGAGCGUAGUGCCCCAAGGGAAUGCAACUAACUACACUCCCGUUGUGAGUGCUGCUGAUGAGCACACAAAACCAGUGAAUCGAGGGUCAUUGGAGAGCCAGAAAUCUUCCAAUGCACCUGAUCAGAGUGACGUUGUGAACUUAGAGUCUGCUGAAGGACCCAGAGCAGAGGAUUCUUUGAUGCCAGCAAUACACUCAGAAGGGUAUUUAUCAAGUACAUUUACUCUUCAGUUUGGAACUUUAAGCCCAGGAGUCAUCACCAAACAAUGUAUUCCUUGCUCAACCUCGGCCCCUCCAGACCUGAACGAGAAGAAACAUGAAAAGGCACACCAUGGACUAUUAUCUGACGAGCCUAAUGUUGUGACCAUGCCAUCUGCCGGAGAGCAGCAAAAGCAAGAAACAACAGAUAACUUGAUUAUCUGUGGUCAAACUGAUUCGAUCGACACGUAUGAUAGUGGGCCUGCUAUGCUUUCAUCUAAUUCCUGUGUGCUAGCUGACCCUGAAUUGCCUCAGACACCAGAGCUGUAUUAUGUUGCUCCAGCCGAAAAAGUGUCUAUGGAUUCAGGCAAGGUGUUCCCUAGAAAUCCGUCUUCCCCAACACAUCAGCAGUGGCAAAAACAAGACACGAGAAAAGAUGCUAUCAAUGCUAGCCAAUCUGAUACUAUGCACAAAUAUCCUGCUACGAAUCCUAAGAUGAGCGUGCAGAUUCCACCACCAUAUACUCCCAACAUGGCACCACCGUCGUUUAUGCUUCCAGUAAAUGGAAGGCCGCUGCCUGCAGCUUUUCAGCAGAAACAACCUCAAGUGCCUGUUGAAUUCAGGGGCCAGGGUGUGCCGAUGGGUAAUGCACCUCAUGUACCACCAUUUUUUGUUCAUGGUGCUCAGCCUCGCGCAUUGCAACCGCCAGCCUUCGUUCACCAAGGACAGGGUUUGGGAUGUGCACCUCCAGCUUGUCCUCACCUUCCUCAACUGGGCAACAUGAGGAUUACGCAAGAGUUACCGCAGCAGCAAGCGAGAAGUUGUGAUGAACAGAAGAGGCCUAUCAGGAUAACUCAUCCAGACACACAUGAAGAACUCAUGCUGGAUAGACGUGGCCAUUCCUAUAUAGAUGCUAACUCUGGAGCAAUGCCUCUGCAUAAUAUGAACCAGCUAGCUCAGCCUGUCACGACAUUUCCGCCCCUUCAGAAUGUAUAUUACAGGCCGAACAUGUACAGUACAGGACAUAUCUAUCUUCCUACCACCAAUGCUCCUCCUGCUUCAAACAGGCAAAUGUGCCCCAGAAUGCAGACCCCAAGGCAUAGCUUUGACCCCAAUAUUAACAACCAGGCAAUUACUUCUAUCAGUCCUCCUAUGCAAAACCCAUGGCUUGGUGCUAGUUCCAGGCCACCGACCAAUUUACGUUCUGCUUCAGAAGUCUCCAGUUCGAAAGGCUUACUGCCACCUGACGUAUCUUUUCCAGGUCAAGGUGCACUAAAGCCACCCACUAUCUUCCUUGCUGAAAAUAAUGAGUUAUCAUCUCAGACAAGCACACCUACGUGCGCAGAAGAAACUCCCACGUUGCCACGGUACUCUGAUGAAUCUGCUUUGUCAAGUCAGCAGAGAGUCCACAAGCUUGGGCUGCAAAUUUCUCUUCAGUCUGAAAAGUUGGUUUCAGAUGCAAAUCUCAAACUUACAGCUGCAACAUCUGGUAUAAGUUGCAGUACGAGUCCUCAGUCAGUUUUAACCCAGCAGGCACAGACCGGUUCAGCUUUAGUAAAUCGUGUUACGUCAAUUGCCAGUCCUCAAAAUGUCUCGACCUGCAAAUUAACUUCGGCGUGUGUAGCAAGUGGUACAUCUUGUGUUGAAGCAAAAUCCCUUGUUAUGGAAUCAUCAGCAGUACCAUCAGCAAUUUCAUCAUCUGGUGCAAAGGGCGAGUUAUAUCAUAUUGUGCCACAGUCUGAAAUAUUUCUGGAUACUGAGAGUAAGAAUUCCAAAUGCGAUGGCAAUAGCAUUUUAGGGAAGCCUCCGCUGAUAUAUACACAGGAAAGUCUGCCACCAAAGUCUCCAACAACUAGUAUAUUUCCUGAAAGUCUAAAGGCCAGAGUUAAUCAUGUUCCUUUGCCAGAAACUUCUGAAGCAAAUUGUUCAGCUCCUUUGCAAAUGCAAGAUAUGAUGAGAGAAGAACACACGGUAAAUGCUGAGGUCACGUGCUCCAAGUCUAAGGCAGAACAAGUUGAUAUGGCCAUGCCUAUGCCAGGUGCUUCUUCUAGAUCGGGCAAUGGUAGUGAUGUUAGUAAAUUGGUGAAUGUUCCUACAUCUGCUGAAUCGGGUGAUUUGCAUCUCUCGUUACACAUUGGCAAUGUUUCACCAUCAGAUAAAAACAACGGAUCUUCAUCAGAUGUUCAAAUUGGAUCAAGUUCUAUGAAUGAUCAAGACGAUGAGAGCAUUCCCAUGAUUAUGGCUAGUGUAUCCAAUUCAACUAGCACUCACAAAAAGAUUGAACAUGAAAGUAUUGAUCCAGUGGUGUCCAAUCAGUGCUCUGUUGCUGCUGCUUCAGUGGUGCAAACAAAGAAACCUGUCUUGGAAGCAGCCAAACCCAAAACUACGCAUGGAAGAAGAAAAAAGAGAAAGGACAUGCUCCCCAAAUCUUCUCAUAUUGACACUGCAGAAGAGGUUGUUCAGAGUUCUUCAACAGUUGAUAAGGAGAUUUGUACACUAGAUGCUGAAAUGGGCAGUUCGGCUGGUAGUAAUGAUAACCAGAACAAAAAUGAUAUUUUUGAUUGGGAAGGUGAUACGGAAAUCUCUAGAGAUGAAUAUGGUUUUGACCAGAAAAGAUACUCUAGAGAUUUUCUGUUAACAUUUGCUCAGAGCUGCGUUAAUCUGCCUGAAGGUUUUAAGAUUGGGUCUGAUACUUACGAUGCAAUAAUGAACGUUGGUAGUGAACAGAAUCCAAACCGGGAAAGGGUAAAAGAUCGAGUUUCAAGUAUUUCUCAAGUUAACCGCAAUAUGGGCAGCAACAAGCUUAAUGACAAUAACUGGAGAAAAUUGCAUCCUCCUUUUUCUGGACGUGAUCCACUUUCUGGGCGUGGAUCUUCAAGAAAUGGCUCACAAAACCAGUUGCCCAACCAGUAUAAUGGUGAGAUCCUCUCCAGAGCUAUGAAAGAAGUAGCAUGUCAGCGCAGCAUGUCGCGUGGUUCUGUUGAUCAGAGGUGGCAACAUAGAACUAAUCAGGCCAUGUCAUCUCCAUCUCAGGUAUCUAUGCCACUUAUGCACAAAGCUGAGAAAAAAUAUGAAAUUGGUAAGGUAUCUGAUGAGGAAGAGGUAAAGCAAAGACAGCUGAAAGCAAUUCUCAACAAAUUGACCCCACAAAAUUUUGAAAAACUUUUCGAGCAGGUCAAAGCUUUGAAUAUUGAUAACAUUGUUACACUUACCGGUGUCAUUUCUCAGAUAUUUGACAAAGCCUUGAUGGAACCCACUUUUUGUGAGAUGUACGCUAGUUUUUGUUUUUCAUUGGCUGGUGAACUACCAAACUUUGUGAAGGAUGAUGAGAAAAUCACCUUUAAGAGACUUCUUUUAAAUAAAUGCCAAGAAGAAUUUGAAAGAGGGGAGCGGGAGCAAGCUGAAGCUGACAAGGCUGAAGAAGAGGGUGGAAUGAAACAAUCUGAAAAUGAGAGAGAAGAGAAACGGCUCCGAGUGCGGAGGCGCAUGCUAGGGAACAUCCGUUUAAUUGGGGAACUUUACAAAAAAAAGAUGUUGACUGAGAGAAUAAUGCAUGAAUGCAUAAAAAAGCUGUUGGGUGAGUACCAACACCCAGAUGAGGAAGAUCUAGAGGCAUUAUGCAAAUUGAUGAGCACGAUAGGGGAGAUGAUUGACCAUAUCAGGGCAAAGGUGCAUAUUGAUUUUUAUUUUGACAUUAUACAGAAGCUAUCUGCCAAUUCAAAGUUGUCAUCCCGUAUAAGAUUUAUGCUGGAAGAUGUGAUUGAUCUUAGAAACAAUAAGUGGAGGCAGAGAAGGAAGGUUGAAGGGCCAAAGAAGAUUGAGGAGGUUCGAAGGGAUGCUGUGAAACAGAAAAUGAGCCAAUCAACUAGGGCAGGUUCUUCUCCCAACUAUAAUUCAUCUGCUAGCUCCAUUAGCUCACCAGUAAGACCAGCGCAUCCACCAGAUUAUGGUGUUCGAGGAUCUUCUGCUUCUCGUGGAUCCUCUCAGGGUCGUGCAUAUGGAUCCCAGAAUGUUAAUGUGGAUACAAGAUACCAGACUUCAAACAGAGCCAUGUCAGUUCCACUUCAUCAAAGGCGAUCUGAUAAAUCCAUUCGACUUAGUCCUCAAGGUGACUUGGGAAGAGAAAUGUCAAUUUGUGGGAAGCCACCAGCUUCAAAUGACAUUUUGCCAGAGGUUCCUUUGAAUAGUCAUCACGGUCAAACAUUAAAAAGCUUGAGACAAAGUUCAUUUACAGGAACAGCGAGUAACCAAACAAAUUAUCAAGCCACUGCCGAUGCUCCUAAAAUUCAGUCCUGGGGAACUGCAGAUCAAGCUUUGCCUAUAGUAGUGACCACUGCCAGCCCUGUCGGCCCAAUGCAUACACCCUCCACUGCCAUGAAGGAUAUUUGUUAUGAAGCAAUCAUAUUCCCGGAAGAGAUUCUUCAAGAAAAAGCAAUAUUAACUAUAAAAGAGUUCUACAGUGCCAAGGACGAGAAGGAGGUGGGCCUGUGCAUGAAGGAACUGAACGCCCCCAGCUUCUACCCUUCACUUGUAUCGCUCUGGAUCAACGACUCGUUCGAAAGGAAAGACCUCGAGAGGGAGCUCCUGGCCAAACUCUUGGUCAACUUGUGUAAGUCUCAGGAGAGCUUGCUGAGCCAGAGAGUGCUACUCGAGGGGUUCCAGCAUGUUCUUUCCACGUUGGAAGACGCGGUGACCGACGCUCCCAAGGCGACCGAGUUCCUGGGCCGGAUAUUCGCAAAGGUGAUACUGGAGGACGUGCUGUCGCUGGCGGAGGUCGGGGUGCUGCUGCAGGACGGCGGGGAGGAGCCGUCGUCGGCGUCGGACCAAGGGCUUGCCUCGGAGGUUCUAGGGAGCAUGCUGGAGUCGAUAAGGGUGGAGAGGGGCGACUCCGCAGUGGACGAGAUCACUGCCAAGCCCAACCCGCACCCGGAGAGCGUCGGGAGGCCUGGCCUUUGCGCCUGACCAGAAUAGUCCAGCAGGCAGAAAAUGGGUAGUACCAGUAGAUCCGUAGCGUUUCUUCUGCUAGUUUGCUGGAUCCUGACCUUAGGUGACGAAGCAUUUCGUUUGUUGGUUCUCGCUUUUGCUGCUGCUACUACUGCCAAGUUACUACUAUAGACGCACUUCCAUUAAUAUUUCUCUUGGCCUUGUGUUUA